GGAUUGAGUUUUGACAAUACUGAUACCUGCUAUUGUUCAGGAGAUGUUUGCACAAUGUCACCAGAAGCAACGCACUCUCGGGGUGUAAAGGAUUUUAGUACCUGUAGCUUGGAUGAGUUUAAAUAUUUUGCUUCAAAUUCUAGUCUUGACUGUCUUCGUAACAGCCUUCCUAUUAAGCCAGUUUACAAAAAAAAAGAGUAUAUUUGUGGCAAUGGAAUAUUGGAAAAAGGUGAACAAUGUGAUUGUGGCCUUGCAAAGGAAUGUACACAUAAAAAAUGUUGUGAUGCUACAUUAUGUCGAUUCAAAGGUAGGAUAGUCUGUGGUUCCGGGGAAUGCUGCACACAAGACUGCAAGCUAAAACCAGGUGGUGAAAUUUGUAGGAAACGAUAUGAUGAUGAUUGUGAUUUCCUUGAGUAUUGCAAUGGGAUUGACCCACAUUGUGUGCCUGACACUUUUAAACGUGAUGGGGAAUAUUGUAAUGGAAAUGAAUCCUUCUGUUAUAAAGGGCAAUGUCGGGUGUUUGAUAAACAGUGUAGAGAUUUAAUUGGAGGAGCUGCUAGAGGUGCUCAAUUUGCUUGUUAUGAUGAGAUAAAUUCAAGAGGAGAUAGAUAUGGAAACUGUGGAAAAUUUUAUUGUUCUUUUCCUAAUCUCAUGUGUGGAAAAUUAGUUUGUGCCUGGCCACAUAAAGCAAUAGUAUCAAAAGAAAAUUUAUCUGUGAUUUACACACACAUACGAGAUGAAAUAUGUGUGUCUACAUUUCUAAAAUCGGACAGGAUACCUGCCAAUGACAAAACAACAGUAAAUACACCUCAAGAUAGAGAUAAAACAUUUACAGCAGAUGGCUCUUCGUGUGGUCCUGAUAUGUAUUGUAUCAACUUUACCUGUAGAGAGAUUAGACACAUGGUUGAUUAUUCUGCAUGCAACAAUACUAGAGACUGUAAUGACAGGGGAAUUUGCAACAAUUUCCAGCAUUGCCAUUGUGACAAAGGGUUUGCUCCUCCUUAUUGCAAACCAGAAAAAAAUGCAUUUGGAAGUAAGGAUGAUGGGCAUAUAUAUGCUGAUGGUAAAAGUUCAUUGGCCCAAAGAUCUGCUUCUUCAAAACGCAGAAUUCAACUCAUUUUCUACAUUUCUUUACCUAUGUUUGUCAUUAUUGCUGCUGUUUUAAUAAAGCAGGAUAAAAUAAGAGAUCUAUGCUACAGAGGUGAAACCCGAAGUGAAAGGUCUGUGUCAGUAGAAGACAGCAUUAACAGCAAAUUAUCCUCAACUGUAAGCAACAGUCUCUAACAACUUUGGCCUGAAGAGAGGAUAAAUCCAAAUAAAUCAUCAGAAACUGGCCUAAACCAAGAAGAGA